AUGUUCUUCGCCCCCUACGUUGGCACGUACCUUAAGGCUCAGUUGUCAAUAUCAAAAAGGACUACCAUCAAGAACUUGUUCGGCGCCAUAAGACAUCCAUAUCUUCAGAGAGAAUCCUCGACAUCCGAAAACAACUUAGACAUAAUGGAUCAGCACUCCAAGAUGGCAGAUAAUAAUAACGGCAUGAACAACCAGCAUCGCGAUUUGACCAAGGCCACCACGCCACACCGGGCCGAAAAGGAGGCUGACAAAAACAAAAUCCUUCUAGACAAUGAUGCUAAGUCUCCCUUUUCUGAGAAUAUCUCAAAAGCCUCUAAGAAGCAGGAAACCGGCAAAGGCAGUUUAUUGGCCUCUGCGCCAGCGAAAAGACCAGAGCCCGUGCUCCACCUCCGUGGCGGCGGCUGCGUAGCGAGCUCCGUAGUGAACCGCAUGGCCCCAAAUCGCCAUCCUGACGACAACGAGCGUCCCACUAAGCUUCUCUGGUACAUGAUAGAAUUCGGAUUUUGUGAAUAUGACGUCGUUGAAUUAUUCCCAUCUGUGAUUUUAUCUUCUUUCUCCUUUUCAAGGGGAAAGAGAAGCAUGCUUCAGAAGAUAAGAUUACACCCGACCUACACCUUGGGGACCUUCCAAGGCUCCAUCCUGAAAAGGGAACCAACGCCGAAUGGGUUAUGCCGGUAUCCUGGCAUAAUAUUGGACACUAGCAAGCAGACCAAGCGAAGGCGGGGGGUGGGGCGGGUAGAGCUUGCAUUCGCCUGCUAUAUGAGACAGCUGUUAAAGCGCAUGUCUUCGGUGUUCCACAGACAGAGGCAUUCUGGCCACUUGUACCUCAGAGCACUCUGGAACAUGUUACUGGAAGAUGCCUCUCAAAUCGAUAUGCGGGCUUAUAAUUAUGAUGGAGCUUUUCCCACCCGAAAUAAGUUUGCUGCAGCUCGGGUGAAGAGAAAAGGACGUUACCCUCAGCUACGCAAAUAA